AUGACCAGCGUUGACUUCACUCCCAUAGGUAAACGAAACCCCGGUAGUUUCCAGGUCUUUCACAGCUACGCGCCGCUGCCGGGGUUCAACAAACGCAAUUUGUUUCACCCACUUGAUGAUAACGAAUGCGAUCUAGACGUUAGUAACGACUCCACAAACAUGACCCAGGAGAUGCAAACGGCGCAACGCCAAACGAAGUCCACCAUAGCCCAGCUUCCAUUUGACAAGACCGGCUUGGGUGUUCGAGAAUUGGACGAGCUAAUAAGGAGCUUGAAAAGCGAAAAUGUCGAGUUGCGGAUCAAGUACCGAGACUUGAUUCAAUCGAUCGCAGGAGAUAGAGAUCGAGAUUGUGCAGUGGAAAACGCCGAGCUCAAGAGGGAAAUUGCAAAGUUGAAAACAAAAGACACUCAUAGGCAAGACACUCAUAGGCAAGAAGAAGAAGUGCUGCGAUUAAGCAGGGAGAUUAAAGAGCUAGAAAAAGCGCUUCGUGAUCAAACAAGCGAGUGGAAACUGGAAAAGUCAAAUUUCAAGAGGGUGAUUUCCGAGCUUGAGGAGGAGUUGGAUCAAAAAGAUGCAAAGAUUAGGGAUGUGAUCGCCAAGGCUGCCGAGGACAAUCGCGUGGUGGAGGAAUUGAGUCGUCAAAUCAAAUUGGAAAGUGCCAACCACCAGAAGGAGAUCAGCAAGGUUGAGUCCUUGCUUCACUCUGCCGAGUCGCGGCUUGCUCUGCAGGAAAAGCAGUACAUCAAGGCAGGCUAUGAGAGGUCCGAGGCGUCAUCACUGUUGAGAAGAGAUAAUGCGAAUCUUGCCACAAGACUUGGCAACGUUGAAGCAGAGAAUCGCGACCUUGCCAAAUCAUUGAGAGAUGCGGAGAGAAGACUCGAGAAUGAGAAAUCUGCACACUUUAGUGUACUCAAGGAGAAUGAAGACCUCAAACAGCGUCUAGAAAGCAUAUCGACGACCCGCAAGGACUUGAACGACGACUUGAGACAAGCUCGGGAUAACCAAACAGAACUUGUGAAGCAAAACAAGCAGCUUGAGCUGGCCGUGGAUAAGCUUGAAGAUAGGAACCAACAGUUGCAGCGAGAACUCAAAUCUGCACGCGCUGAUUUUGAACGACAAGCGUCUCAGCAGCAGCAACGAGAGAUGGAAAAGGAAAUAAAGGAGUCGCAACGAGCGGCAAGAGAAUUGGAAUCAAAACUUGAGCGCAAUAAAAAAGCGUUUGAGGCUAAUCUUGACGAGACUGUAUCCAAGCUCAAAGCAGAGCUGGAGGCUUUAAAGACAAAAUUGGCCUUGAAAGAGGAAAAGCUAAGAGAAGCAAUCGACGAUCUUGAGUUGCUCGACAACGCAAACGCAAAGCUCCGCGACACCGUUGCCGAGUUGAAUCACGAACUCAAAGCGCACCAUGUUCACAUUGCUCAACUUAAAUCAAGCAAGACAGUGGAGAGUGACGCCACGAAAGAUGUGGUAAAUGAGCUUUUAAAAGACCUUGAAAAGAUGGAUGCCGAAAACAUGAGACUUGUUGACGCCAAUAAACUGUUGAAAGAUGAGAUGCACAACUACAAUGCCGAAAUUGACCGCCUCCACAAAGUCAUUGCCGAUUUAAAUGCCAAUGCGUCUGAUCGAGAGGAAAUUCUUACCUUGAGAAAAAGGCUUCAGGAGUUGAAAUUUGAAAACCUGGAUCUCCGUGCAAUUGCUGAAGAGGAAAAGAGUCUUUUCGAAGACAACGUGAAGCUCGUUCAGAAAAUAGAGGGCUUACAGGCCAUCAUCAGGCGGCUUGAAGUUCCAGAAGAGUUGACAAAGUAUGAACUUGAUUUGAAAAGAGAGUUGGACUCGAUGAAAUCGCGCAUCAGGACAAGAGAGGACACAGUUGACAACUUGGAAGCCAAGCUUCGACGCGUGCAAAUUGACAAACGCGACAUGGAAGAAGAGUUGUUUCACAAUGAAGAAGAAUACAGGAGUAUGCAAAGAGAGCUUCGGCUGUCGCAGGAAGAAUCGAGAAAGCUCAAACUUGAUUUGGAGGCUGCUUUGGAGAAAUUGGGAAAAUCCCAAGAAGAGUUGCAAUCGUCAAGGGUGGAACUAAAAGCUGCCCAGGAGCUUUCCUUAGAAUUUGAGCAAAAAUGGAAGCUCUCACAAGAGGAACUCGCCAAUGCAAAAAAAGGUCAAGGAAAGGAGCCGGGGGCUAUCUUGGACUAUGUCGAGUUUCAGCUAAGAACAACGCGUGACGAAUUGAUCUCAUCCAAGAAGGAAAUCAGCCAACUUGAACUGAAACACAUCCUAGAGUUGCUGCUGUUGAAAGCCGCGCAUAAAACUCAACAGGAUCAACUCCAAGCAACAAUCGAGCAGCUUGAAAACCAAGUGAAGCAAAAGACCAAGUUGACCGAAAGCGCCCUCCAGGAUUGCAGGAAAUUGGCAAACAAGGUGGCAAACUACCAACUCAACACGAAAAUAGCCCUGGAUAUCGAGCGUUCCGAGUUCCUCCGCAAGGAAAGCAUUUACUUCAAACAGCGGUUCAAGGAUAUCUAUUACAAGGCCAGUGACUUUGAAUUUCUAUACAAUUUUGCAGUUGACAACAUCAAGCGGAGCCAGUUGAGCGAAGGCGCUUCCUACAAAUUGGCCAAGUUGGGACUAUACCCCGAAUACGUGAUUGUUAAACUGAAGCCGAAACUUACUUUUAAAGCUGUUGCCCAGUGUGUGUUGGCUGCAGUUCGAAUGCUGAAACGAGCAGCAGUGGAAAAGAAACGGUUCAAAGAGCUAUUGUAUAUGAAAGGUGAGUUGGACUCUUGCAGGUUAAAGUAUAAGGAAGUAUAG